AUUUGAAAAUGGGACCGUUUUAGGUGAACCCAAUGUGAUGACAGCAGACGAACGGUACAGAUUGGUGGAAAAAUAUGAGCAGGACAAAUUGGAAGAUGAUGCUGACCCUCCUUUCAAACGAAUUCUAUUCUGGAAUGAUUUUUUUGGUAUCCCUGAUUUCCGGCUGGGACUCGGCCGUGACGCCUUCCGCAAAUGGGACUGUCCCGUGUGGCAGUGCGAAACUUCGACCAAUCGAACGGACGUCCACGACUACGACGCUGUGAUUUUCCACAUGCGCAGCUGGAAGCCAAACGACUUGCCCAAACGACGAACACCUCAGCAGCGCUACAUUUUCUGGAUUUUAGAAUCCGCUGGAUGGCCGGAAUACUUGGACACGAGGAAUCUUGGCAACUUUUUCAACUGGACCUUGACUUAUCGAUGGGACUCGGACAUGGUCAUGCCCUACGGUUAUGUGAGACCCACCGGGAAGGUCCCCCUUCAUCCGAGUGAGGACCAACUGAAGAAAUUAAUGUCCGAUCAAAAAGUGAAUUAUGCGGCUGGGAAGACGAAAAUGGCGUCCUGGAUGGUCUCCAACUGCGGAGAUCAUAGCAGUAGGCAAAACUUGACCACUCUACUCCAGAAAUACAUUCAAGUCGACGUGUACGGCAAAUGUGGAAAUCUGACGUGUCCGAAGAGAGAAGAUGAAAAUAAUUCGAGCGAAGAGUGUCGAGAUAUGGUCGGCCAAAAUUACAAAUUUUACAUGGCCCUCGAGAAUUCGUUGUGUCGUGACUACAUUACCGAAAAGUUUUUCGGGAUGCUCCAACGUCCGGUGAUCCCGGUCGUUUUCGGCCUUCACGAUCACUACGACCAAAUUGCGCCAUCGCAUUCGUUCAUCAACGCGGCAAAAUUUGAAAAUAUGACGCAACUGGCCGAUUACCUGAUUUUACUCAACCGGAACGACACGCUAUACAACGAGUACUUUUGGUGGAAGCCUCACUUUGAAUCCAGGUACAAGCAAAAGGACGUCAACAUUGGCAUGUGUCACCUGUGUGCCUCACUCCACAACAAGGACAUGCCAGCGAAAGUUUAUCCGAACAUGAACCAAUGGUGGGAACAACAAUCGACCUGCAUCAAUUCACCUCCUAUUUCAUGACAUAAUUAUUCCACUUUUUGCCAGCAGUUGCCAGAUGACUAUCAAUAAAAUCAAGGAACUUGA